AUGGAUUCCAAGUUGGUCGACGUCUGGGCAACCGCUGCAGGCAACCCUUUCCUACCAACAGUUGGCAAGAACACUCAGUUGCUCAUCGCCUCCAUCCUCCUACUUCUAGGUCUCUCCCUCUUUGGCAUCUUCGCAUUGAAUCGGUCUCUGGUCAACGUACCAGUUAUUGGUAUCCCAGCCUCGUUGGCUCUCGCGUAUGUCCGCCUCCAACUCUCGUUCAUGGCGGCUCCCAAUCCUACCCAGCCUGGGCCCAUCUUCCGGGCGGUCGCCAGCUCGACGAAACCUAUCCAGCAACUUCUCAAGUGUAUCACCUUCACGAACAAAGUCCAUGUGGAGAUCGGCGAGGAUACCAUCAAGUUCUCAGCCGACCAGGCCCGUGCGAUGCAAGGCAACUUAAACAAGGCCCUCUUCACCAGCUUCACCCUCGACGUCCCCCGGAACGAGAACGAUGAUGAGGAAGAUAUCACGUGCCCAACUUUCCAGGUCUCCUUGGCCGCUUUUCUCGAAACGCUCCAGAUCUUCGGCGCGUCCGACGCCGCGGCUCGCCAGGCCAAGGCAGAGGCAGAUCCCUACCGCAGCAACCUCCGCAACUACCGCCCUGACGCCUUCAGCAACCAGACCCUCGGGAUGACGGGCACCUGCAUCCUCUCGUACGCCGAGGAGGGCGGGCCACUCAGCAUCAUCCUCGAAGAAUCCGGCGUCAGCACCACAUGUAACCUCACGACCUACCUCCCCGAGGCGCCCCAGGACAUCCCUUUCAACAGAGAUGACAUCGGCUUCAAGGUAAUCAUGCAGAGCAGGUUGCUCCUGGACGCGCUGCUCGAGAUGGGUCACUCCAACCCGACGCGCUUGACGCUGAUGGCGUGCAGGCAGGAGCCUUACCUGCAACUCUCGUGCGCGGGUCCCCUGGGCGGGUCGAGCGUGGACUUCGCUAAGGGCCGGGACUUGCUCGAGACGUUUUCUGUGCGCGAGAAGUACGUGCAGAGCUUCAAGUUCGACAUGGUCAAGGCGGCCAUCGAAGCUAUGCGCAUCUCCAGCAAGGUCAGCAUGAGGGGCGACGGGCAGGGCGUGCUGUCCCUGCAAUUCAUGGUGGAGACCGAGGGCAGCGGCGUGAACUUCGUACUAUUCACAUUCGUUCCUUAUGUUACACACGAGGACGACGAGGAUGAUGAGGGGGUUGCGGGUGUGGACGAGGAGCAGGAAGCCGGGAUAUGA